GAAGAAACAUGUGAUGAUAGGAGCAAAAGUGAAGUAAAAAGUGCGAAAAUGAGUGAAAAGAAAAUGGACCGAUUGAAAAAUCGCUUCAUGACAUUUCAUGGGAAAAUACAAGACCGUAUGGACGAGUUUCAAGACCAAGUUCAGAAUAAAAUAGAAAGGUCAAAGCUAUCAAAGUUUAUUUCUCAUUUGUCUGAAGAAACAAGGAGUUCAGUUGACGACAAUUCUGUAGAAAGUGUUGAACUGAGUUCUAGUGAAGGCGACGUUGGUAAAGAGAAUCCAACUAUACCUUCAUUUGUUAUUGAUGGACCGACAGACAAUGAAAACCCAAAGGAUAUCUGCAAGGAAUUCAUUAAAAUUGAACAAGGUUCAGGCACCGUUCUGUAUAAAAGUCACUCGGCGUGCAACCUCGCGUACGAUGACAUGAAUAAUGACAGCUCCAGUGAAUCUUGCUUGUCGUGUUUUUCGUCCAGUGAAGAAAGAGAAAGAUCGUCAGAACCACGCCCAAGAGCUGGCAGUCUUCCGCCAGGAGCAGUAUUGGACCAAUCAUCACCAUUACUCGUUUGCUCCGAUCUCAUCGAGAAAUUCAGCAACAAAUUUCCAAAAUUCAAGAGCCAAAGCGACAGAUUUCAUAGGUAUUUAAUGAAGAACACGAGGCUAAGUGAUGUGAACAAACGGUUGAAGGCUCAGAUAUGGAGUUCGGUGGUCACCAUCGUACUAGUUGAGGCUAAAAAUCUUCCUGCUAUGGACCUAGAUACUAGAUCCAGCGACCCUUAUUGUAAAUUUAGGUUAGGUAACGAGAAAUAUAAAAGUAAAGUAGUUUGGAAGUCUUUACAUCCUUCGUGGUUGGAACAGUUCGACCUGCAUUUGUAUGACGACCAGGAACAAAUACUAGAAGUCACGGUUUGGGACAAGGACAAGCAGUCUAAAGAUGACUUUAUUGGCAGAUGCGCAAUAGACUUAUCAAGGUUAGAAAGAGAGAAAACGCAUAACAUAUGGAAGGAUCUAGAAGAUGGGAACGGUCAAAUAUUUUUGUUGCUUACCAUCAGUGGCACAACGCAAUCGGAGACCAUUACAGACCUCAGCAGCUACAAGGAGAACCCAAGAGAUAGAGAAAUUAUUGAAAGGCGAUAUACGUGGUACAAUAUAAACGAGCAGUCGAGUGGGGUUGGAUGGCUCUGUGUCAAAGUAUAUGGAGCUAAAGGACUUGCAGCUGCCGAUUUAGGGGGUAAAUCUGACCCCUUCUGUGUACUAGAACUAGGAAAUGCAAGGCUACAGACGCAUACGGAGUACAAGACACUUACACCGAACUGGAUGAAAAUAUUUACGUUUACAGUGAAAGACAUCACAUCAAUAUUGGAGAUAACAGUAUAUGAUGAAGAUCACGACCAUAAAGUAGAAUUCCUGGGAAAACUGGCUGUCCCGCUGCUGAACAUCAGGAACGGGGAGAAAAGAUGGUACGCCUUGAAAGACAAGAAGAUGAGAGCGCGAGCCAAGGGGAACUUCCCACAGAUAUUGUUGGAAAUGUUGGUUAUAUGGAAUCCUUUGAAGGCAGCGAUCAGGGCGGUGAACCCGAAGGAACCAAAGUACAUGCAUCAGGAGGCAAAGUUCAAGAGACAAUUGUUUAUACGAAAUGUAAUGAGACUGAAAGCUAUCAUCAUGUGGUUUAUCGAAGUUGGAAAGAUUUUACAAGACUGUUUCGAAUGGGAGUCGAGGAUACUUUCGUUCUUAGGCCUGUUAUUAUGGCUCGCCUUCUGUUAUUACUACGAAAUGUGGAUGCUGCCGCUACUGAUACUAAUAUUUUUCAGCAGAGCUUGGCUUAUUUAUAGACUUACUGUCAAAAUCAAAUACUUCCUGAAAUGUUUACGAAGUGAUCCGAAGGCUUAUUUUAAAUAUUUAUUUCUUAGAGGCAACCCUUUACUGGUGCCAGUUGAUGAUGAGGAUCUUUUAGCUGAGGAAGACGAUGAAGAUGAAGCAGAUAAGGAGGAGAAAAAAUCUCUGAAAGAGAGACUGCAAGCGAUACAAGAAGUGACGCAAACUGUACAAAAUGCGAUCGGUUAUGUCGCCUCUCUAGGAGAAGCGGUUAAAAACUUGACGAACUUCACAGUGCCAUAUCUAAGUUAUUUAGCAAUAAUAAUGUUAUUAGGAGCUAUGAUCGUGUUAUACAUCAUACCUUUGAGGUAUCUUCUUAUGGCGUGGGGUAUAAAUAAGUUCACGAGAAAAAUCCUUCGACCACACACGAUACCCAAUAAUGAAGUGCUAGACUUACUAUCGAGGGUACCGGAUGAUGAAACUUUGUUGGACUGUCGAGAACUGAAGCCACAUCCAGCUAAUGAACACCGACGCGACGUCAGAAAGAAGCACAAACCAUCGUAACACAGUCCGAAGGCGAUCCGCAAACGGGUCCGACAUUACGUAAGGAAUCUCGGCAAUAAGUAUAACUCUUAGAUCUAGCUA